UGUCGUGGCAGGGGAAAAAACAUGGCGAACGCCGGCGGAGUGACCGUGGAUGGAGGAGACCUGAUGCGACACGCUGAGUACACUCCGAAAACGAAGGCUCGGAGCGACGCAGAGAUAGACAAGCGGCUGGGAGGGACUCUGAUUGCUGUCGGUCUUGGUGUGGCUGCUGCUGGUUUUGCAGGCCGCUAUGCAUUCCAGCUGUGGAAGCCUCUUGGACAAGUCCUGUCUGAAACUGUGAAGAAGAUGCCCACAUCAGCUUUCUCAUCAUAUUACAAAGGAGGUUUUGAGCAGAAGAUGUCCAAACGAGAGGCCAGCCUCAUUCUUGGCAUCAGCCCAACCAGCACCAAGGCCAAGGUACGUGAGGCCCAUCGUAGGAUCAUGGUCCUGAACCAUCCAGAUAAAGGUGGGUCACCAUAUCUUGCUGCUAAGAUCAACGAGGCCAAAGACUUUUUGGACAAAGACACCCGGCGAUGACCUGCACUGUUCAUUAACGCUGUAAAGACUUCCAUCACAUUAGUGCAUAAUCUCAGCUCUGUAGUUCUGCUCCAUCAACAUCGACAUCAACACCACAGCUGGACCUCCACUCAGGCUCCUGGAAGAUGACAGAAAAAAAAAACUAUCAUGACAGUGUCAGUUCUUAAGCUGGUCACGUAACUUAUCUGGAACUGUAUUUGUCAACCUUGAGGAUAUAUAUAAAUGUGGACAGUAACUAAGAGUUAAGGAUGUUGCCUUGAGACCAUGAGUAGCGAAUGUUGUACAUUGGAGACUAAUAGCUUAAAAAGAGAACAGCGUUGCUGCUGCUGGGUGUAGCAUUGUAUGAGUGUACAUAUGAUGUGAGUUAUUGCAUAAUGAUGAAAUCUAUUUAAUUAGAAUAAUAAAUUCUAAUGCCUCUAAUGUUUAACAGUCACUGAGAAUGUGGUGGAAACUGAUUUUUUUUUUUUUAAAUAAAUGUCCUUUGAAAACAUA